UGCACCGACACGGGAUGAAUUUUCACCUCUCCGUGGGAAUUUGCCAGUCGCGCACCGGGACGGCACUUCUUGGUUUUUGUCGCUGUUAAUAGGGAUCAUACAUGGCGAUGGAGGACGAGGAUAAUCACACAGCGGUCGUGGCGACUAACACCCAAACGGGCAUCAAGAAAGGAGGUGAUGUCGGAGAUAACGGGGCUUGCAUAGACAGGCAGCCGGACACGGUGGUACACCAAGCGGGGCUGAAUCAGACUGCAGGUCGCGGCAGCCGCAGUGGUCCGGGAGCUCAUGCUGCAACGGGGAUCCGAGUGCUAAAGCAGCGCAACAUGAAGCGGAAUGGGAGUCGUGGCUGUGUGACGAGAAAGACCAGAUUUGGAUCAAGAGAGCGGGACUGGUUAAAGGGGGACACCCAGCGUGGCUGUGUGUGUCUAUAUGGGGGGACAGUGGACCCCCAGCCACCUGCCUCUGGCCCACAGGCCUCCUCCACCCCUCAGACAGACCUGCAGUUGGUGCUCUGCUCCACCAGUACCACAGUGGAGGAACUGUGUGCUCAAAGAGAUGGAAAGGGACUCUAUGUUCAGCUGCAUGGAGACCUAGUCAGGAGGCUGGACCCCUCUGAGCGUCCACUCCAGAUGGUGUUCGACUACCUGGCAGCAAUGGGCUAUGCAGAGCCUGUACGAGUGCAGCAAGAAGCAGCCAACUCAGACCUCAGCUGUUUGAUCCGUUUCUACAGUGAGCGUCCAGUGAAUGCAGACCAGCAGGAGCGGACCCUGCUGAAAGGCGUAUUCAGCGUCAGGAAGGGCAAGUCGCAGCUGCACAAGUGGGCAGAGCGGCAGGUCAUCCUCUGCGGCACCUGUUUAAUCGUGGCCUCCGUCAAAGACAGCCUGACUGGAAAGAUGCACAUCCUGCCCCUGGUGGGGGGAAAGGUGGAGGAGGUGAAGCGGAGGCAGCACUGCCUGAUGUUCAGCUCAGCCGGAUCACAGGCCCAGACAUACUUUGUCAACUUCGACACACUCGCAGACUACCAGCGAUGGCAUCGGCAGGCAUCAAAAGUGGUGUCUCAGACAGUCAGCUUGGUGGACCUGUCCUGCUACAGUCUGGAAGUAGUGCCUGAAUAUCUAUUUUACUGUCAGGAUAUCACCCACCUCAACCUGAGACACAACUUCAUGAGCCUUCAGGGGCCUGGAGGCCUUCUUAACCUCCCCAGGUUUUCUCAGCUGAAGAGCCUGAACUUGUCUCACAAUCGUCUGGGUGUGUUCCCCGAAUGUGUGUGUGAGAUCCUCACUCUGACUGAGCUCAACCUCUCCUGUAACAGUCUCCACACCGUCCCUGUGCAGAUAGGCAACCUUCAAAGCCUGCAGACGCUUUCUUUGGAUGGAAACCACCUCAGCUCCCUGCCUGAAGAGCUGGGUGGCCUGUCCCAGCUCAACAGCCUAGGGCUCUCCUUCAACAACUUCUCUCACAUCCCUGCUGUGCUGGAGAGGUUGAGUGCAGUGGACAAGCUGGCUAUGGCUGGGAACAGAGUGGAAAGUCUGGAGUUGUGUACUCUGGCCAAAAUGAGCCACCUGAAAAACAUCGACCUCCGUUUGAACGGGCUGCGCUGGGUGAAAAGUGAGAGUCUAGAGGCAGUGAGCCAGGUGACCCAGCUGGACUUACGGGACAAUUGCUUGGGCUCACUAGACCUGAGCUCCGUCUGCAACCUGGAGACUCUGCACUGCCAGCGCAACCAGCUGGGGACACUCACGCUCAGCGGUUUCACACUGCGCAUGCUUCAUGCCAGCAGCAACCGCCUUGCGACAGUCAACAUCUAUCCAGUCCCUAACCAGCUGACACACAUGGACCUAUCACAGAACCUUUUGGAGUACCUUCCGGACUGGGUGUGUGACUGCAGAAAAAUUGAGAUGCUGGACGUCACGCACAACCUCCUGUCUGAGCUUCCUUCCAGACUGCUCAACAGCUUGAGUUUGAGAAAGCUGCUGGCGGGGAACAAUCAUUUGCAGAGAGUGCCUGACCUACUUGACCACAUCCCUCUGGAAGCCCUAGACCUCCAGCACAACAAGCUAGCCGAGCUCCCUGAGAGUCUGUUUUACAAGGCCUUAAACCUAAAAUACUUAAAUGUGUCAGCCAAUGCAUUGGAAAGUAUUCCUCCCAGCAGCCCAUCAGAGGAGAGCCUCAGCACGCUGCAGGAGCUCUACCUGACGGGGAACAUCCUGAAUGAGAACUGCGGUGCUCUGUUGGUUGGACACCAGAACCUGCGGGUCCUUCACAUCGCCUACAACCAGUUGCUCUCCUUCCCUGCCAGUAAGCUGAGUAAGCUGGAGCUGCUGGAGGAGCUAAAUCUAAGUGGCAACAAGCUAAAGACGAUCCCCUCCACUGUGUCCAGCUGUAAGAGACUGCACACCCUCAUUGCACACUCCAACCACAUUACUGUCUUCCCAGAGAUCCUCAACCUGCCCGAGAUCAAGCUUGUCGAUCUGAGCUGUAAUGAGUUGACUGAGAUCCAGCUGCCCGACUCGCUGCCUGCCACUCUGCAAGAGCUGGACCUGACAGGCAACAGCAGCUUGAUCCUGGAACACAAAACUCUCAACCUCUUCAGUCACAUCACCACCCUGAAAUUAGACCAGAAAGCCUCCACGACAGCAGGAGACUCACAGAGUGCCUCCACUCCAUGGAAACACGGUUACUCUGAAAUGAGCGGCCAAAGGAACAAGUUGUGUGUGUCUGUGCUGGCUGUAGACCGAUUUGGAGACGGUGUGGAAGCAUGUUAUGGCAUCUUUGACGGAGACCGCAACGAGGAAGUGCCUCGACUGCUGCAGUGCACCAUGGGAGAUGUGCUGUGCGAGGAACUGCAGCACUCCAGUAUUGACAAUGUGUACAUGUGCAACACUUUCAUCACCUCACACAGGAAACUAGGAAUGGCUGGCCAGAAACUGGGUGCUUCUGCCUUGCUGUGUUAUAUUCACCAUGAGCCUUCAGAUCCAGGAGGCUACUUCAGCCUCACUGUGGCCAAUGUGGGUACCUGCCAGGCAGUGCUGUGCCGGGAUGGGAGACCUGUACCUCUCUCCAAGGUUUACAGCUUGGAGAACUGCACUGAGGAGAUGGAGAGGGUUAAACUCAGUAAAGCCAUCAUUACCGAGGAUAACAAAGUGAGUGGAGUGACAUGCUGCUCUCGCCUGCUGGGCUGCUCUUAUCUGUCUCCCUGGGUGCUUCCAAAGCCCUGGGUACACACUGAGCCUCUCUGUUCCCAGGAUGAGUUCUUGAUCCUGGGGAAUCGAGCGCUGUUUGAACGGGUCUCCUACCAGGAGGCCGUGUGCACUGUACAGGCUGUGCGGGAUCCUCGCGCUGCUGCCAAGAAGCUGUGUUCACUCGCUCAGAGUUAUGGCUGCAAGGACAACAUCGAGGCUGCAGUGGUAUCCCUGCAUAUUGGUGAGGACAGCUGCACCUGUGAGCCACCUGUCUCCACCACUGAACCACGGGGUCCCCCUCCCACCCCUGUGCCUGUGCCUGUGACCGUGACCCCAGGUCCUAGUGACCCAGCCACUCUUUCAUCCAGCAGUGGGGUUGUCUCUGAGUUCAACAGUGAGACAUCAGCCUCAGAGGUGGGCAGCGAGGCGGGGUCCACCGCUUCAGAUGAGCACCCGUCCUCUGGCCCCGCAGCCCGUCCAGAGAGACGCUGUAGCCUACACCCUGCUACAACACUGUGUGGGAUCAUGGUGCCAGGCUCAGUUGUGGCAGGAACCCACCCAGGCCUAUUUCAGCGGCAGCCCUCCUCUGCUACAUUCUCAAGUAACCACUCUGACAACGGCUUGGACAGUGAUGAUGAAGCUCCGCUUGAGGGUGUAAUCUCCAAUGGCAGCAAGUUAGAAGUGGAGGUAGACAUUCACUGCUGUGCUUUCCAACUACGGUCAGGGGCCCCUGAGAGCCCCAAAGACUUGGACCUUGAAAAGCGAGGCUCUGACUAUCCCAAUGGCAAAAUGCGCAGACAGAACAGCGUGGUGGUUUCUGCUACGAACGGCUGCCUACUGGCUGUAUGUGGGAGAGAGAUUACAGACCUCAAAAAGUCUCCUUCCACAUCGAGUCUGUUUGGGAAGAAGCUGUCCAAUGGCUCGGUUGUAGCCCCUGAGGACAGUCAUAAUCUCAUCGAGGUGGCCCUGGAGGCUCCUAAGAAGAAAUCUGGCUACUUCACUGCCCCAGCACAGCAGGACCCUGAGGACCAGCUCAUUGUGCCUCCUAGUCUGGAGCAGGAAGUCAGGGAGCAGCUAAGAGGCCAGAGCCCUCUAGUCUCAGCCCCCCCCUUGCCAUCCAUACCCCCUUCCUUAAAAGACCCCGUGUGGGAUCAUCCACACCCCCCCGCAUUUGCCUCCAACCUGGUCCCAGGUCCAGGCCCGACCCCCAUCCUUCAGCAGGAAGUCUACGAUACUGCCCUCUAGAGAUGGGGGACACAGCACAGCGCCAUGUGACUGGAAUUCUGUGAAUGUGCCAUUCCAGGGAAGAAGAGGAGAUUUUUCUCAUACAUGGGGGAUAUUCUAAUUCAAGUUGCCAUUCAGAUAUUUUGUGAGGACAAGACAAACCUGUGGGACCUUGAUAGUCACUAAGUGAUGCUAUGCCAUUAAUGAGAGGUAAAAAAGGGUUUCUGUGCACGGUCUGAGUAUCAACAAAAUGCAGGCGACCAAAAUCCCAAUUCAUAACAAGACGUUGUGAAAAGGACCGCCUAUCACAGACCAAAAAAGCCUGACUUGAGAUGGGAUAUCUCAUGUGUUAAAACAUGUCAGCAACAUUUCCCUUUAUUUGGAAAGCAAGCAAUCUAGAGGGUGUGUACGGGAGAUUGUUUUCAGUGAGGUCGAAUAUCCUCUCCAGGGGCUCCGUGGUCUCUCAGGUCCUGGAGAGAAGCCCUGUGACUGAAACUUGAAAAAGUGCCUACUGCAGACGACUCAGCCUAGAGCUCCCCCACAUCCAGGCUGUGUUUGGGGAUGUGAGCUUGUUAGUUAAAUUCGGAGGAGGGACAGUGUCUCCAAGAGACCAGCACUGGCACAGCUUCUGCUCUCCUCCUCUUUCUGUGGCUUACAAAGGAAAUCAGACAGUAUAAAUGCUUGUAAGGCACAUAGGACUAGAAGAUGUGAAGACAAAAUAACUGCAUUUACAUCACAGGGAAUGCUGUGGUCGGGUUUUAUUUUUAGCGUUCCCACACAAUAUGUAUAGAAUCUUCUAUAUAGGGUAAAUUAAUUCUAUACAGUAUAGUACACACUCAAAAACUAGCAGCCAGCUGAUGUGGUGUGCUUGAGCUGCUGACACCGAGGUUGAAAACUAUUGCUAUUUAGAGCAAUGCAUUUUGAAUAGCUGUCCAAAAUAAUAUCAUAGUCAUUCAACUGUACAGAGCGGAUGUGUUGUAGAGUUAAAAAAUCCUUAUAACUAUAAUCUGUGACAGUGCAUGAUCAAAUGAUCUCCUUAAAAACUACAUAGGAAAUAAAAGUUUAAUUUAAAUUUAGUCAGUUUAUGGUCACUGGACCCCAGGAUGUUUGGACAUCAUUCUUCAUUUGAACAAACCACUCAAGGCACAAAAGCGAAUCAGUAAUUAUACAGUGUACCGUCGAGAGAUGAAGGAUAGAUACAGUAUUUGUAUGUACUGUAUGUUAUGAUACAUGUCCACUGGUACUAAGAUUGUACAUUUUAGUAUAUCCAAACUUUGGAGGCUGCUACCCUUUUAAAUAUGUAAACAUCCAUCCAUGUCCUGCAGGCAGAUCCAGUUAUUGACAUUUCUUACAUCUUAGCCAAUCUUUUUUUCAGCUUCGCUCUCCAAUACACUGCCCACACAUCCAGAUGACUUUCAGGGUGUGGUAUUUUGGCCAAUUAUGAACAGAACCAAAACCCUACUUUCUUGUACAAUCUGGUCUGUGCACAUGAGAUGUCACAAAGUUUAACCCACAGUUUUACAAGUACGCAGAGAGAUUUGGGAUAUAGAAACAAAUUAAGCCUUGCUAUAUUUGAUAUAUUUCUCUUUUUCACUCCCACAUAUCACAUACAUACCAUUUCCUGAACGGGCAAUGCUUCUGUAGAGUUCAGAUUCCAGAGUUUAUGGAAAAAAUGGUUUUCAGUGCAGCAGGAGCAGUGUAAGGUGCUGCAACAUGAACUUUGUCAGUUACUUUGUCAGUUACUCACCCCAUGUUGUGCUGAAUUUGUGAAGAAAAUUUUUUUUUCUUGCAUGCCUCUGGUAAACGAAGAAUCCAAAAAUGGAGACCGCUUUUAACAACAGCAAAACUAUAUGAAAACAUCUGUUUACAAACUGUCACACAAUUCAUGCAGUAUAUUCCAAGUCUUUGAACAAUCGUAUGCUCAGUAUGUCCCAAACAGACAGCCCUUUCAGAUGCGGAACUGAACUGAAAGUUAACCUUAUCCAUGCUCUCUUCAAAGCCGGAUUCCAUUGACAAAAACAGUCAUUUUACCUCACUGAACAUGGGAGUUGCUUGUCUACCACUGCCUCUUUGACAUUUUGAAAGGUUAGUUUGGACACAUCCACAACUCCACCUCCCUCCAAAGGCCUACUUCCCUCUCCACCAUUACGUCGUACGACGCUAACGUUAGAUAGUACUGGUGACUGGCAACAAACAGUAGGCUAACCGUUAGCAACUGAAUGCUGUGUUGUCAUAUAUAAUGUGACAGUCUAUGUUACAUUAGAGUGUUACAUUACAGUCGGAGGCCUCCACGUGGGGAAGACAGACAGGAUGCGUCGGGAAGACAGAAAGUAUGCUCAGCCAAUUGGUCGGAGUUUUCUUAGAACCAUAUGAGAAUGAUACAAUUAUGAGUUUUUAUCUCUGGUGGAAUUCACUUACAUUUUAGUGUGCCAUCAGCUUAUUAAUAGCAUUCUAAACAAAGAAAAGUGUAAAAUUUCCAGAAAGGUAAGUAUUACUUUAAAGGCAAAAAGUCCAAAAAAAUAAUCUUAACAAAAGAAAUUGCUGUUUUUGUUGGUGGAGUCUGGCUUUAAAGAUAGCAUAUAUAAGUUUCACUUCCAGUUAAGAUCCCCGUCAGAAAGGGCUGCCUGUUUGGGGGGCACUGAGCAUAUGACUGGAUAAAUGACACUUGGAUUAUACUGCAUGAGUCAUGUGAGUUUAUAAACAGAUGUUCUGAUACAGUUUGGCUGUUGUUAAAGGUGGACCCCUGUGAUGUCAUUUCAUCAUCAAUUUUCUCCAUUUUUGGAUUCUUCGCUCACCAGAGCAAUGCGAGAAAAACAAAGUUUUCUUCACAAAUUCAGCAUGACACGGGGUGAGUAAUUGAUAUACACAUGGUCACUUGGGGGGUGACGUAUUCCUUUAAGUCAUACAGUGCUUCAGCAGUUGAUAUCAUCAACUUUCAAUCAUUUCUUAAAUUAUUUUUAGGACCAGUCAUAUUUAUCUCAGCUGAAAGUGAUUUGGUAAAAACUACAUUAUUAUUUGAAUUAUCAGGUAAAUGUUAUGGAGCCCUGGAAACCUCAGUUUGCCCCUUCCUGAACCUCCCCACCUUGUGCCAAAAGAGAAAGCAGCUCUGCCGGGGCUGCUGUGGUUGUAAGAAGGCCAAAGCUGGGUAAUUGCUCAUGUCAGUGAUUACUACAUUAGUUGUAUAUAUUUGGUUGCCACUCCAAUUUGGUAGUGGUGCAGUUCUGGCAUUCCACAGCUGUUGCAUAGCUGGACCUUUCAGUGUUCCCUUUUAGCCUUAAAGUAAACACUACUCAGUAUUUUUUUAAAGGAGAGGCCCUUUGUUUCAUCCCACUCAUGCUCUGCUUGUGACUGAGGUCUUGUGCUUCGGGGGUUGUUGUUUAUUAAAGCAGCCCCUCUGUCCUUUCUUUGCUCCUCAAGAAUGAGUGAGAAGUCAGUGAUGAAGCCUUAAUUGAUGUGUGAGCCUGAAUCUUUUCUUUGCAAGUUUUUGUCUCACACGGUUAAAAGCACUUUGUACAUAUAAUAGAAAAUAGUGAUAUUCAGAGUUAUGUAUAUUUGAGUUUAAUAUAUGAGAUAUUGUUCAACAUAGCGUGCUGGGAUUAUUGUGGCUUCCCUCAGUCCAACAUAUCACCUCUUGUCUACGAAUACAUAGCCAACAAAAAUGAUGAUGAAGUGACAUAAUGGCAAUUCAUUCACAACAUACAUUCACUUUUUGGUGUGUUUUUAAUAUGACAAACAUUUCUUGUUUUACUGUUUGCUUUCAAAUACGUCUUAAUUUUACAGAAUAAUAUUUAAAGGUCCAGUGUGUGGGACUCGGGGGGAUAUACUGGCAGAAAUGGAAUAUAAUAUAAUAUGUUUUCUUUAGUUUAUAAUCACCUGAAAAUUUAGAAUUGUGUUUUCGUUACCUUAGAAUGAGCCAUUGAUAUCUACAUAGAGAGCAGGUUUUCAUCCACAUAGAUGGCCAUGUUGCACCAUCAUGUUUCUACAGUAGCCCAGAACAGACAGACCAAACAUUAUUUUAGAUAGAGCCAACCGCAUUUUCUCGUAUUCAUGUCAGCUACAUAGUAAAAAUAAUGGACAUAGGUAGAAACAUCACACAUUAGUUUGUCGACUGCCAUUUUUAAGCCUCAGGUUCGGCAUUUCGGCUGUAGCCAUCUUUGUUUUUUGGAGCCAGAUGUGACCAUAUUUGGACAAGAGGUUUGAGCUGUGGAAGAGUGAUAGAUGGAUCUUACUGGGAAGCUGAGGACACUAUCUGCAGACAGCCUGUCACUCAAGUGGCCCCAACCUUAGAAAUGGGUGUUAAUAAAAUGUAACCCCCCCCCCCCCCAAGUUUGGCAUUUUAACAUGGGUGUCUAUGGGGAUUUACUACGUUUUAGAGCCAGCCUCAAGUGGCUGUUUGUUGAACUGCACUUUUGGCACUUUUUUAGCAGCCUCUCUGCAAUGAGUACGUCAGAAAAACACUGACUUUUUAGUGUGAAACUGCUUCAUAAAGUGUUUGUACUGCUUUAAAUCACCAGGUGCAUUUAUUUUGGAGAGGAAGAGCCCUCUGUGGAUAAUUCAGCCCUAGUAAAAAAAAAAACCUGAACAAUGAACACUGAAGGAAUUCUAACCAAGAGAAAUUACAGCUGGUUGUAAUCUGCAGCCUUCACCACUGAAUCCCCCCUAAAUCUUACACACUGUUCCUUUAAAAUUCAACGUCAGCACCACAAACAGCAUAAUAUAUGUUAACCACUACUCCUUAGCUACUCUAACACUAUCUGCCAACAUCACUCUUACUUGAUAUAAAUAUGAAUUAUUGGGCCCCCUGCUGGCGGAAGAUGAGGAAUUACAGUUAUUGUUGUUUGAUAUUCAUGGCCAGUGUUGAUAUUUGGUUGAAACAUUGUGCUAAGUGAUUACUAAAUAUACAGGCAGACCUGAAAAUGGAUUUUAAAAUCCCUCUACAAUAAUUACAUGUUUUGAAAACAAUAGACUAAGAUGAUAAUUACUAUAAUCCACAGCAACGAGACGAUAUUAUCCUUAUUAUGCUUAUUUAGAAUUCAGAGGCUGAUUCAAACUAAAGUUUUGGAUUUUACUUUUUCUAAAAUGAACAAUAGUGAACAAUAUUUUAUAAUGAUGAGGCUAAGAGUUUGUUUCCAGUCACUUUAUUGAUCCGACUGUGCAGUAUCUGAGAUGCCAAACGCCUGGGACUCAUGCCUGUUGUAUGGACUGAACAUGGAUGGGCGCUACAGGUGUAACCUGCCACAGGAGGAGCUAGAAAAGCUAUAAGACAGAUUAUGAUUGUGAUUAAUAUUACACAUAUGAAACGAGCUGGAGGACUGAACUGUUGAGCACGUUCGGAGAGGAGAGACUGAACUUUGCUUGAGGUUUAAAACAAAAUGGUGGGAAUUCGCUCAUACAAAUAUGCAAAGUGUCAACUGUAUAUAUAUUAAAUCAUGUGUAUCAGAUCAUCCAUCACCUAAAUCUACAAGAAUCCUAUUUCUCAAUGUGUCUGAAAAUGAAUUAUGACUGAUGUGUGUAUGUGUGAUGUGUGUAAAUUGGGAUUGUGUGUGUAAGUUGCAUUUCUCUGAUUAUUUUUUUGAGUGCGUCCCUUCCUUUGGCUCAUUCACAGCGUAGUUUUGUUUGGACUGCAUUGCACUGCUACAUUUAGUGCUCUUCAAAACCACCUCGGUCAGUUUUUUCAUACAGUCGUACAGUCUGUCUCCUGAUUAACCCGUAUACUCACUGUCCUGUCCGAUAUACAUUUUCAACAUGAAGUAUAACAAUGAUCCAUCAGUAGACUAAUCAGUGUGCGUGUACAUAUGCCAACUGUAUGCGUAGCUACAGGACGAGGGAGCACAGGGCACAGUGCAUUGGUGUACGAUAUUCCCUUUAAUUCUUUAGUGGAGGGGGUCCAGUCGUGAAAUGCUCAUAAUCCCCUUCGUGCACCAUAAUAGAGGGUGUGUGUAUUUGAGUAGGCUACAGUGUCUGUUUUCUUUAACUGCUGAUUCAUUUCUUAACUGUAAGGGAUCAUUUCCUCUCUGCACAACUUAACAAGCUCCCUGUACAACUACGUUGCAAAAUGUCUGUGUUUGCGUGUAAAAUGAAGUUUAAGUGCACACGUUCAGUAAGUGUAUGCAUGCCCGUGUGAACAAUGGACUGACUGUAAUUCUGCGUGGGUAUGGUGAAUGAAACUGAUCCAAGAUGCUCCAGUUGUUUAACAUGUGACCAAAGUAGCCAUUGUUUAAUCUCACGGUUCCUUUCUGUACAUUAUUUUCUAGAAAUGCUUGAAUAUUUUUUUUCUCGAUGCCAAGAAGCCGAUGUUUAUUUUUGUACUUCAUUGUUUCAUGCAAAUUUAUAUUUCCCUCUCCGCUACAGAAUUUAAAGUGAUUGGUAUUCUACAGAAAAACUGUCACUCACCACAGUACUUUAUUUGAAGGUACUAAUUAAAGCUGUAUUUAAUGUUGAAAGCAUGCCCUAAAUAUAAAUCAUCAGAAAAGCAUAGAGAACAUACAAAAUGUGAUUUAUUUGUACAAAAUGGAGCAUAUCUAAUAUUUUGAGGUUUUUAUUCUAGCAUGCAGAUUAAUGCUAAAAUUGAGUUUUAUGUUGAAUAAUUAAAAGAUGUAUUAUUUAGGAACAGGACUAACAAUGAGCACUUUUGCUGUGUAUCAGACAGAAUUGUACUCCCCUUGAACUUUGAGAGUGGAAGACGGUCGUUAUUUUUAUUUGAAAUGCUGCUAUCAUUAGUUUUGAGCAGACGAGCUGUUUUUAAAUUAACUUUAAGCCAAGUAGCAAUAAAACUUUUUACUGUGAA